CUCUGCAAAAGAGCGCUUGCCAGGAAAAAGGAGGCGGGGCCGGAGGGGAAAAAAAAGGAAGUGGGGGAACGGCUCUAAAGCCAAUCGGGGCGCGGCCGCACCAACGUGACGCGCCCGCCGGCCAAUCCGCGCGCGGCGGAGGGGGGGGGCGGCUCUCCGGCUGAAGAAGAAAGGGAGACACGUCUGAAGGAGGUCAAAGCAGAGGCGGCGGGCCGGCGAACGAGUGAUGAGCAAACACCAAUAUUUUGUGUGGAGGACUUGGAAAAAAAGCUGAGUGGGUGUUACUGGAAUUGCCCCGAACCAGGAACCAGGAAGAAAUUCUCUAUUAUUUAUUUGCAAGUGACUUGCUGUGUUGCUGGAAGCACCGUCUUUCCAUUCCUUCAUCUCAAAGGCAUUCACUGGUUCAUCCUCUUCCUCGUGACCCCGGAUGGCCCAUCCUGAGCACCAUGCCCAUAUGGGCCACAUGGACCACAACAUGAGCGGCUCCGCAAGCCCCACCAUGGAUCCUCACGCCCACCAUCACCCCACCAAUGCCCCCGGACACAUGCAUGGUGGAAUGAUGGAUAUGACCUUUCACUUCAGCUAUCAAAACGUCCCUUUGCUGUUUUCUGGGCUCGUCAUCAAUACCCCCGGAGAAAUGGCUGGAGCAUUUGUGGCUAUUUUCUUCCUGGCCAUGUUCUAUGAGGGCUUGAAGAUUGGCCGGGAAAGCCUCCUGCGGAAGUCACAAGUCAGUAUCCGUUACAACUCCAUGCCUCUCCCGGGACCCAACGGGACCAUUUUGAUGGAGACGCACAAAACAGUCGGCCAACAGAUGCUGAGCCUCCCUCACCUCUUCCAGACCCUCCUUCACAUCCUCCAGGUGGUGGUCAGCUACUUCCUGAUGCUCAUCUUCAUGACCUACAACGCUUAUCUCUGCAUCGCCGUGGCUGCCGGCGCUGGCGCAGGCUACUUCUUCUUCAGCUGGAAAAAAGCCGUCGUGGUUGACAUCACGGAGCAUUGCCAUUAACGGUUCUCUUUGCUAUUCCCAACUCCCCCCCCCAUGCCCCCCUUUCCCCCCCCCCCCCCAAAGGACCAGGUUUACUAGAAACAUGCGAAGGAAAGCCGUGGGGGACACACACCCCUCCAGCUUCCACGGGGCCACCCUUGUGCCUCCUGCUUCACUCUUCCCCAAAAGCUUUGGGUCUUGGGAGGGAGGGAAGACUUGUGACCCACGGCCAGCUAAGGCGACCUUUUCCGAACAAACGGGUGGAUGAAACAUGGCAUUCUUGGAUCAGGUUUCCUUUCAGACUGUGCCCUGACUCAAACACAGGAGCUGGACCUGGCCAUCCCAGGUCUCUUUUUGGACUUUCGCACCGGCCUCUUCUAGGAGGGGGCAGAGCACCUGCUCUUCCUUCGCGAGAAGCAGGCACACACAACCACCCUUCCUCCUCCUCCUCCUCCGAGGCCAGUAUAUUGGACCGACAAUCCGGCAAGUGCCAAUCCUGCCCUCCUUCCUUAAAAAAAGUCAGCUCCGCUUUGCGCUCGGGGGCCCAGGGCCCACUGCCAAAUGGCGGGGUGGAUUUGGUUCUAAGAAGCCGCUGUCUUUCACCCGGGAAGGGUUCGAGUCUAGGGCCUCUCCUUGCGUGGCUGUUCUGGGGGUGAAAAGGAAUCAUUUGCUGAUUUACGGGACUCGUUUCUAGCUGUCGACUGUGACGUGCUGGGGAAAAAUAAUGGGGGAAGAAGUAUGAUUUUUUUAAAAAAAAAACAUUUUUAUUUUAAAUAAACCUGCAGUUUUUUAGGUUUUUUUUUUUCUGAUUUUCAGGCUGGCCUAAAUUUUUUUUUUUUUAAUGUUAAACCUAAUCGUCGUGCCCUUCUUAACUGGCUUUAAACAAAGCUGGGGUGCACGUUUUAGGCAGAGUGAUCCCUCCCUCCUCCUUUAAGUGGGGAUAGGAUCUCCUGGAUGGCAAACAGCAGCAAAGUGGGGAGGAAUCGUUUUUAAAUCACGCCUGUACUUUAGGCACAUCUGGAUGGACCCACAAGGCCCCCCAAAUUGUCCUGUAGGCAUUCACAUUGUGGGAUGAUGCCACUUUUUCCCCUUGUAAGGAAGGAAGAGGCAGGGCUGAGGCGGCUGGGGUGUGUAGUUCAGCAUUACCUCGAGGAGCAGGGUAGAAUCCGGAUUAAUGUUUAUGCUGAGAAAUCAAACUUUUUUUUUAAAAUCUGACUGCCUGAAGGGUGGGAAAAGCACAUACAAGCUGGGAGAACUGCAACCACGCGGAAAUCAAAGCCUGCAGCCGCUCCGUCAUUCACUAAAAGAGGCUGGCGUUUUUGCUUUUUCAACCAAACAAUAUUGUGCUACCUCCAGGCUGUUUGGCUCUUACUACAAUCACUGCACAAAAGAAAAGGGUGGCAUUGAAUCAGCCAUUUCCCCCCACCCUCCGGCCCCUCACCGUAAAAUCAAGUUUUCUGCCUCUCUCCGCUGGUCUCAAAAGGCACAAAGACUGGAUUGACGAUACCAUUUCAUCUCGGCUGCGAAGUUGAGUCAGAUCCACGGACCCCCCCCCCCAAUUUCGUGGCGCUUCAACCGUGGCCAACUCCCUCUGUAGCGUUAGCCCAUCACGUCGGUUGCCUUGCUUCUAUCCAUCCUGUGUAAACCCAGAGAAGGGAGCGUCUCCUUGGUUAAUCGGAGGAUGUGAACCUCACCGUAUAUUGAGGCAAUUGGGUAUUUUCCGUGAAAAGUGUGUGUGUGUGUGCAGGGGAAAAAUUGCAAAAUCGCCUGCCAAGCGUCCUUCCCUAGUGUUUGUGGACAGAAAAUCUUGUCUCGUUUACUCACUGACCAUAAACCCAGUAUUGUUUUUCCGUAGCUGUGUUAUUCUGGUCUUCCUCCUCCCUCCAUUUACAGUAUAUCCAUGAAAACAAAGCAAAAAAAAAAAAAUGUGCCUUAGCUGUAUUGCUUCAUCGGGCUGUGUAGUGUACCAUAUAAGAAGGCUGUUUUAAAUCCCUAGCCGAUGGAAGUAUAUCCACCGGCUAUCAUUAUGUGAAUACUAACGAUUAUGCUGUUAUUAUCUUCUAUAGUACACGGUUUACGCCUACCCUAUGUGGUUCGUUAGAAUAAAGAGACUCAACCCAUCA